AUGGCGCGAAUUAUCAAAGGGCAAAUGGGAGGCCAAAUAUCAUGGUCAAUUCUCUUCCCAAGUUUCAGAUAUUUUUCAUUUGUUGGUGGCGUCCACUUAUUCAUGUUUAUUCGUGCAGACAUCGAAGAUGUAUCCGAAAUGAGGCCAGCUCCGCCCGGGGAGAAGUCUGCAUCCUCGACCCCGAAAUCGGGGAAAGACAAUAAAAAAAGGGCUUCGAAGCCCGAAGAUUCCCAAGAUGAGGCGGCACCUGCCCGGAAGCCGAGGAGAAGACUCAUUCAUGUGGACUUGGAUUUAGCCAUUCAACACCUGGAAGAUGAAGAGAACAAUGGUGAAGAAUCAGCACUGGUACCUCGAACCAGAAAACCAAUCGAAGCCGUCAAUGCCUCCGAACCGGAUGCCUUGCCACUCGAUGAAGGAACUCCGAAUAGAGACUCGGGAAAAUCCCUCGAGUCCCCCGAGAUCGAGAUCGUACCUCCUUCUUCAACAAAUACACCGAAGGGGACAAACACUGAGAGGGCUGAAACUAGCCAGAGUGCCCCGAGUGAGGAGCUCGGGGCCAUGACAACGGGCCGAGCUCCGGAGGGUUCGGGUGAAGAGAAGGCCUUGAGGCUUCUCUGUGGCCAAAAAGAGGGGGAGCUUAAGGACCUUCGGGCUGAGUUGGCCAAAGCUCGCAAAAAUGAGGCCGAGCUGGAUGAGCAGGUAAAUGUUAUUUUAACAGGGUAUGGUCUUCUUGGCCUUACUUCGAAGGCUAAUACUUCGAUGUCUCAGCUGCAGCAGAAGUUGGAGAUGAUUGGGCAGCUUCAGAGCGAGGUUGAUCAAUUUAAGGCUGACUGCCAUAGGUGCAUAAAGAACAUGGAUCAGCUCGCCGCCGAUGAGAAAGCUGGUCUGGCCCAGGCCAAGAAAAUCGAGCAGUUAGAGGCAGAGCUUGCUAGAGCACGGGCUGAAGCUGAACAAGCUAAGGCUGAAGUUGAGAAAACGAAGGCCAGGACUGACAAGACCAUCGCUGUGUACUUAAAAGAUGUUGCGGCUGUUCAAGCGAAGCUGAGGGAGGCCUCUGACCGGGAAAAACAGAGUAAUGAUUUGGCAAAGUGA